UCAUUUUCCGCAGUCCACUUUGUGCAACCCAAAACCAAAAAUUCCACAACUCUCUCUCUCUCUCUCACUCUCAUUCAAUUUCCAGGGUUUGCACUCUGCGUCUCUCAGCUCAAGCAUGGCUUCGCCUAUAGAAGAAGUAGGUGAAAGAGACUUAGAGAAAGGAUUGCUCUCUCCAACAGCUUACCAAAACCCUCUCGCCGAGCAAUCACCAUCACCAUCCUCAGCCCCUGCACCCGCUUUGGUUCUGUCAAAUUCCGGAAACCGAAUUGAUCAAUCCGGGAAAAAGAAAUAUGUGAAACAAGUGACGGGUCGGCACAAUGACAGUGCGCUUCAUUUAGCAGCUCAGAGAGGUGAUCUUGCAGCAGUGAAACAGAUUUUGGAUGAUAUUGAUUCUCAAAUGGUGGGGACUUUUAGUGGAGCUGAGUUAGACCAAGAGGUUGCAGAGAUUCGGGCAUCAGUGGUGAAUGAUGUGAAUGAAUUGGGAGAGACGACACUGUAUACUGCGGCAGAUAAAGGGCAUCUUGAGGUUGUGAAGGAGUUGUUGAGGUAUUCAAAUAAGGAGACACUUUCAAAGAAGAACCAGUGCGGGUUUGAUCCAUUGCAUAUUGCUGCUAGUCAAGGACACCAUGCCAUUGUCCAAGUGCUAUUAGACCAUGACCCAGAGCUAAGCAAAACAGUUGGCCCAUCAAAUGCAACCCCUCUUAUAACUGCAGCUUCAAGAGGACAUACAGCUGUGGUUCAUGAACUGCUGUCAAAAGAUUGUAGCUUGUUAGAAAUUUCUAGAUCCAAUGGGAAAAGCCCAUUACAUUUGGCUGCCAGACAGGGGCAUGUAGACAUUGUCAAGGCAUUGCUCGACAAGGAUCCGCAGUUGGCUAGAAGGAAGGACAAGAAAUGGCAGACUGCCCUCCAUAUGGCUGUAAAGGGGGUUAACUGUGAGGUGGUCAAAUUGCUUCUCGAGGCUGAUGCAGCCAUUGUGAUGCUGCCAGACAAGUUUGGUAACACAGCAUUACAUGUAGCCACCAGAAAAAAGAGACCAGAGAUAGUGAACGAGUUAUUACGCCUACCUGACACCAAUGUAAAUGCACUAACCAGAGAUCACAAAACAGCUCUUGACAUAGCUGAAGAGCUUCCCCUAUCUGAAGAAUCCUCAGAUAUAAAGGCUUGCCUUUGUCGCUAUGGUGCUGUCAAAGCCAAUGAACUCAACCAACCAAGAGACGAAUUAAGGAAAACUGUGACUCAAAUCAAGAAAGAUGUCCACUUCCAACUGGAACAAACCAGGAAGACAAACAAAAACGUUCAUGGAAUUGCUAAAGAGCUCAGGAAACUUCAUCGUCAGGGGAUCAACAAUGCCACCAACUCAGUGACUGUAGUAGCUGUGCUAUUUGCCACAGUUGCCUUUGCAGCCAUUUUUACUGUGCCCGGAGGGGAUGCUGAUAAUGGGAUGGCUGUUGUUGUGAGACGUACCUCUUUCAAAAUCUUCUUCAUCUUCAAUGCCAUUGCACUUUUUACAUCCUUGGCUGUGGUUGUCGUUCAGAUUACUUUGGUGAGAGGUGAGACAAAGGCAGAAAGACGGGUGGUGGUUGUGAUUAACAAGUUGAUGUGGUUGGCUUCUGUGUGCACUUCUGUGGCAUUUAUGGCAUCUUCCUAUAUAGUGGUUGGCCGCAAGUAUGAGUGGGCUGCUAUUUUGGUUACAGUUGUGGGGGGAGUGAUAAUGUCUGGGGUCCUUGGCACCAUGACUUAUUACGUGGUAAAGUCGAUGCGUACCCGAUCAAUGAGAAAGAAGGUAAAAAGUGCUAGAAGUGGCUCCAACUCAUGGUUUCAAUCUGAGUUUUCUAACUCAGAUGUUGAUCGGAUUUAUGCCCUUUGA